AUGCACCUCACUGGCAAAGCUGAUUCUGUGUUUGCUUUACAGCUGAACUCGGGAGGAAAGGCUGUGGCCACUCUCUGUGGGCAAGAGAGCACGGACACCGAGGAGGCCCCCGGGAAAAAUAUAUAUCGCUCCAUUGAUAAUAACUUAGCAGUGACUUUCAGAUCGGAUUACUCCAACGAGAAGCAGUUCACAGGUUUUGAGGCCUUCUACGCUGCUGAAGACAUCGAUGAGUGCGAAGGGCAGCUUGAUGAAGAGUUGCCUUGUGACCACUACUGUCACAAUUACCUGGGCGGCUUCUAUUGCAGUUGCCAAAUUGGCUACCUUCUGCACAGGGACAAGAAGACUUGCAAAGCGUGAAAUAAACCUCAGCUUAGACAGAGAUGGAGACAGUGGUGCCACCUGUAGUCUUCUCCCGAAAACCCACAGAGGGCUCAUUCGGCAUCUAGCUCUUCUUUCCGCUUCUCUCAUCGUCCAUCUGCCUCCUGUGGUUAAUAAAAUGGCUUCCACCCUGCCCCAC